CAAGUAAAGAAUUCAGCAACCAUCAGAUCAGCAUGUUUGAAACCCCAAUUGAACCACCACCAGCCCGCCACGUCCUCUACGACUCCGACUCCGAUGACGAAGACGAGAAUGAUCUAGCAGGAACAACCCACCCAUUCGACCCAGACUACGACGAAGACGAAGUACCCAGACCACGGAAGAAGUGGACCGAACCACGGGCGCCGGAGGUGAAGCUGAAUUCGGCGGUACCGAUCGAAGUGUUGGCUGUGUGCGUUCGUGCAAUGGCUGCCAUACCGGCGGGGUUGAAGGGGGAGGAGGAAAACGUGGGGACGGUAACGGUGUAUAUGGACGAAGACGGCGAAAACGCAAGGACCAUCCCAAUCUUCCACCAUCCCUCUCACUCCUUCCACUCCAUCAGCAUCCCACCCUUCCUCGAUCCGCGGGUAUGCUACUUAUUAGCAGCUGCCAUCCUCGACGCUGUGACACCCAGUACGAAGGUGUACGUCGUCGCGCCCUCGCUGACGUAUGACCGUUCCCACGCUGUUUCGAUUCUUCCGACGACUGCGGCGGCGAAGGAGGUGACGGGUGAUGUGCCACUGUUACAGCCGCCGAGUAUGUUGACCGGGUUUGAGGCAGCGUUGUUGAGUCAGUGUGAGAGGAGGGAGGUACAGGCUGUGGCUAUUGUUGGACGAUCUAGUGGUGUCGUUGAGCGUGAACAUGUCGAGACCGACGUCCUACACGAGUCUGCAAAGGCACUGGCGACUCAUAUCGGAGCAGCGAACUUGGUCUUGGAUAUGAGCAGGAGCAACCAAAAGCUAGCAAAUCGGUUUGGAAGGAGAAGCACAGGAGUAGGUAGCAUGUACCUCUAA